ACUAAAAACGCGGGAGUUUACUUCACUUAUCCUUUCACCUAGUUGUAAUUUUCAGAAAUUGGUUAAAAUUAUUUGGCAAAUCAACAAUGUCAGCAAAGAAGGCACAACCAAACACUUUAUUUUCUUACUUUAGUAAAACGCCUCCGGCGAAAAACAACGCCAAUCAUGUCUUGUCACCGAAAAAAUCGCCGAAUUCUGACACGAAAAAUUCUGCAGUACAACUUCAAAAUAAUUUUGUCAAACCCAAAAAUGGUGAUGCUUUGCCUGCAGGUACACCAAGACCGUCAGUGAUUAAGACUAAGAAUUCAAAGACAGCAACACCAAAAAAUAAAGUAAAAGACGAGCCUGUAAAUGGAGGUUUUGAACUCUAUGAUGUAGUAUGGGCUAAAUUGGAAGGCUAUCCAUGGUGGCCUAGUUUAGUAUGUAAUCAUCCAACAGCCAAUAAAUUUUAUAAAGGUGGUAAAGUACCGGAAAUUCAUGUUCAAUUUUUUGAUAAUCCUACCAGCAGAGCAUGGGUUAGAUUAAGGAAUAUAAAGCCAUAUAAGGGGUCAAAGGACCCAGAAUGUCAGAAAGGUGGCACUUUUUAUAUGGUUAAUACCUCUAUAUUUGGACCAGGUUUAGAACAAGGAGAUAAAGCCCUGGCUAUGAAAAGACCUGAUAGAUCAGAGCUAUUAGUUGAGUUACAGCCGUCCACUGAUGAAGAUGGAGAAGAAGAGGAUAUGGAAUUAGAUCCUGACAUAUUUGAUGAUGAGAUGUCAGAUGAAGGGAAUAAUAGUAAAGAAAAUCAUCAAGAUGCUGAAACUAAGACACCAAAAAAGACUCCAGUGAAAAGAAGUGGUAGACCAGAACGUUCAGUGAAAUCACAGAAAAAAAGGCGUAAAAUAAUGCCAUCUGCUGAUAGUGAUGAAGAAUCAGGUGAUGAAUUUAAACCUGUAUCAGAUGAUAGUGAUGAUGAAUCGGGUAGUAGCGGUGUAGAUGAAGAUGAUAUAUCAGAUUUAGAUGAACAUUCCGAACCAGAAUCACCAAUCAAGCAAAUUAAGAAAAGGAAGCGUGAAUCGAAACCAUCCAGAAAUAAGAAAGUAAAAGCAGAGAAUACCGAUACUCCAAGCAAUAAAUCAAGUUUUCAACCUAAUGUAUCAAUCAACACCAAAUCAAAACUAUCGCUCUUCUCAGCACCUGAUUCAACAAGUGAACCAGGUGUAGAUAGUUCCAGUUUCCCACAUUUAAAACAUGAUUUUCUACAACCAGAAAAUAUCAGAGACAUAAAAGGUCGAAAGAAGUCUGACCCUGAAUAUGACCCGCGCACCUUGGAAGUUCCUGAGGAUUUCCUGAAGAAACAGACACCUGCGAUGAAGCAGUGGUGGGAAUUAAAAGCCCAUUAUUUUGAUACUGUUUUGUUUUUUAAGAUGGGAAAAUUCUAUGAAUUAUUUCACAUGGACUCUGUUAUAGUUGUUAAUGAGUUAGGAUUAAUCUACAUGAAGGGAGAGCAUGCCCAUUCAGGAUUCCCUGAGAUAGCAUACAGUAGGUAUGCUGAUGCACUAAUUGCUAAAGGUUAUAAGGUCGGGAGAUGUGAACAGACGGAAACACCAGACAUGAUGGCAGAAAGAUGUAAACAAAUGACAUCAAGUGUAACAAAGUUUGAUAAAGUUGUACGUAGAGAAUUGUGUCAGAUAUCAUCACAAGGUACUAAAACAUAUCAACAUUUAGAUGGGGAUUGUACCAGUUCUAAUAAUAACUAUCUUCUAGCUGUUGCUGAAAAGAGUAAUAAUACAGAUGAAUGUAGUAUUUAUGGUGUUUGUUUUGUGGAUACAUCCAUUGGAACAUUUCAUGUUGGUCAGUUUACAGAUGAUAGACAUUGUUCUAGGUUGCGAACAUUAAUAGCUCAUCAUACUCCUUCACAGGUAUUAUACGAGCGAGGAAAGUUAUCCCAACAUUCCAUGACACUUAUAAACACCAAUUUAACCUCCGUUAUCAAGGAAUCUUUAUCGUCAGGAUCAGAGUUCUGGGAUAGCAAUAAAACACUAAAGGUUUUAGCAGAAGCAGACUAUUUUAAAGAAACAGAAGAAUUUGAAUGGCCAGAAACACUAAAGGCUAUGUUAGCGGAAGGAGAUAGUAUGGGUAUGACAUCAGCAGAUGAUUAUGAACUAGCAGUUAGUGCCCUUGGUGCCAUGACAUGGUAUUUACAAUACUGUCUAUUAGAUGAAGAAUUGUUAUCAAUGAAGAAAUUUGAAGAAUAUAAACCUUUAGACAGAAAGAUCAAGGCUGUUGAAUUUGAUCAGAAACACAUGGUAAUAGAUGGAAUUACGUUAACUAAUCUAGAUGUCGCUGAAAAUUCUGUUUCUGGAGAUCAGCAAGGGACAUUACUCCACAAAUUAAACUUCUGCUCAACUCCAUUUGGAAAACGAUUGUUCCGUAAUUGGAUGUGUGCACCAUUAUGUCGGCCGGCUGCCAUUAACGACCGUCUGGAUGCUGUAGAUGAUUUAAUGGCAUCGCAGGAACUAGUGGAAGACAUUGUAGAAGUAUUGAAGAAAAUACCAGAUUUAGAAAGAUUACUUAGCCGAAUACAUGUUUUAGGAUCAGCUAAUCGUAGUAAACAUCAUCCAGACAGUAGAGCUAUAUUAUAUGAAGAAGUAACAUAUAGUAAAAGAAAAAUCGAAGACUUUUUGUCCACAUUAGGAGCAUUUGAAUCAUCUUUAAAAAUAAUUAAAAAAUGUCAAAAACAAAAAGAUAAAUUCAAAUCCAAACUGUUAAAAAAGAGUGUUACCAUGGAAAAAGAUGGUGGACAUUUUCCUGAUAUUGCUGAAAGUCUGAAAUUUUUUGAGGCUGCGUUUGAUCAUGAUAAAGCUAAGAAAGAUGGUAUUAUAAUACCUACUAAAGGUGUAGAUGAAGAAUAUGAUACAGCUGUUACAGAUAUAUUAUCUACAGAAGAUGAAUUAAAUACUUAUUUAGAUUCACAACGUAAAGCUCUUAGUUGUAGGGCAAUAGUAUAUUGGGGAACUGGUAAGAAUCGUUAUCAGAUGGAGAUACCAGAAGUUGCGGUGCCUAGAAUACCAGAUGAUUAUAAUCUAAUGUCUUCUAAGAAAGGCUGGAAACGAUAUCGUACAACAGAAAUAGAUGACAUGUUGGUUACACUAACAGACGCGGAAGAUAGAAAAGAUGCAGCACUUAAAGAUGUCAUGAGACGAUUGUUUCACAGUUUUGAUGAAAGACACAAAGAAUGGAGUGGUGUAGUAGAAUGUAUGUCAGUACUGGAUGUUCUGAUCUCCAUGUCUAAAUAUAGCCGCUGUAGUGAUGGUGUCAUGUGUCGACCAGAGUUCAUAAUGCCUGAUGAAAAUACACAGCCAUUUAUAGAGAUCCGUGAAGGUCGACAUCCAUGUAUAACUAAAACAUUUGGUGGAAGUGAUUUUAUACCUAAUGAUACUGUCAUAGGAACUAAAGAUGAUGUAGAUGACGAAGAAGAUGGUUGCUGUGGUAAUAGUAAGGUUGUCUUGGUUACAGGACCUAAUAUGGGUGGUAAAUCAACUUUAAUGAGGCAAGUCGGACUGAUAACAGUUAUAGCUCAAAUGGGAUGUUACGUACCAGCAGAAAAAUGUUGUCUGACACCAAUAGAUAGAAUAUUUACACGUCUGGGUGCUAGUGACAGAAUUAUGUCUGGUGAAAGUACUUUCUACGUCGAGUUGAGUGAAACCUCAGCCAUUUUACAACAUGCUACAAAACAUUCUUUAGUACUGGUAGAUGAAUUAGGUCGAGGAACAGCUACGUAUGAUGGAACAGCUAUAGCUUGUUCAGUUGUAGAAGAAUUAUCACGCAGUAUAUCAUGUCGUACUUUAUUCUCUACACAUUAUCAUUCAUUGGUUGAACAAUUCAGUCAUGAUCAAAACGUACGACUUGGUCACAUGGCAUGUAUGGUAGAGAAUGAGACAGAGGAUCCAUCUCAAGAGACAAUCACAUUCCUUUAUAAAUUUGUUAAAGGGGCUUGUCCCAAGAGUUAUGGUUUUAAUGCUGCAAGAUUAGCAGAUUUACCUGAAGAGGUUAUAAAAUGUGCCAUCAACAAAGCCAAAGAAUUUGAAGAAACUGUUGAGAAGGGGAAAUUACUCAGGAAAUUAUGGAAUGGUUGUUCUAAAGACACAGUUGAAAAGUUGAUAAAACAGACAUGAACUUUGCUGGGACAAAUCUAAAUGUUUUCACAAAUGAGUUUUGAUGUUUUACUUAAGACAAGAUAUAGAAUGAUAACCGUCAGAAACAUGCAGCUGUCUUAUUUUUGUAACAAGGCUAUUAUCAUUUGGACCAUAUUAAAUUAGGGUAGAAAAUUGGCAUAUCUUAGUUCUAAAUUUGUCUUUACUUUUGAAGUAAUAUGGCGUGUUAAUGUUCAAAGGCUCAAAAUAAUUAUGUCCAGCCACUCAGUCAGACAUAUACUAUAGAAAAUUAAAUAAUUCUUUUGUAGAUAUAUCACUUUUUACAUCUUUCAUUGUAUUUCUUUAUUUCAUGUUAAAUCAUUAAUUGUAAUUUAUCCGUGAUACACCAACAUUUGUUUACUUUAAAAGUAAUUCCAUAAUUAUUGUUAUAUUUUUUUUUAAAACGAGGAUAGAAUCAUUUAUUAUCGAUAUUAGGGCAACUGUAUCCUUUCUCAUUUGAGGGAUUUUAAAUUCCUUGCUAACUACAGUAUUGUGUGAUGUUGAUUCUGUCAAAAACUCAAUUGAUGGACCUGAUGCUAGGUUCUCACUCACAAAUCGUGGUGAUCCUAUCAGGUCUCAUCAUAUAUUGAGGUCAGUCCUAGCCAUCGUGUUGACCGUAUCAAAACGUAGCAGAUCGUGAACUCGAUUAGGGACAAUACUAUCGUAACACAUCGCACAACAGUCUGAGCCUAGGAUUAGUGGCUUUGAUAAUAUUAGGGCAAAAUGUAUAUUUUUAUGUGUAGUGAGAAAUAUUAGCUCCAUAUUUCAAUAUCAGUGGGUGUAUAUAUGAAGAACAAAAAAUAUAAUUUUUUAUUUCAACUUAUCAAAUAGUUUAUAAUAGUGCUAGAUAGAUUAUAAAAAAUGUUAUAUGAAAUUCUGUAUGGAUCUAAUAAACUAUC